GAUGACAGCUAAAAUGAAAGUGAAAGUAGACUUUUUUCACUGGACUGGACCGUGUCAGUUUUCAAUUUAUGCUACAGUUAGCAUUUUUCCAGCGAAAACACAAGUUAAUUACCAAGAAUUAUUAAAGUAGUGUUCCGAUAUUUUUCAGACAAGAUAUUUGUAACUUUCAAGGAAGAAUUUAUGGAUCCUACAUAAGAGUAAAUCAUAAAUAUUGAAAAAUGUUAAAAGUCAAACCAAUCUGGCUUUUAAAAUCAAAAGUGCACAGGCACCCUGUCUGUGUGUGCCCCUUUAGUAACUCAGGCAAGAAACAUGACAAAGCACAUCUUGAAGGUGAUGAACAAGUUGCAGACAAAGAAAAGAAUUGUGGAGAAGAUAAAACACAUCCAAAUGGGAAAAAUAUUCAGGGUUUACAUAUUAUAGAGAAGCCUAAAUAUCCACAGAGUCCCUUCUCAAAAAUGAAAAGAAAAUCACUUUCUCCUGCUGAAAGACUAGCAGCAUUGCUUCCAGAGGAAUACAAUACAAAUAUUGACAAUAAAGGACUUGAUGGAAUUAAUAACUUACAUCCAAAAGAUGAAGAUGAUUCUCAGUCAAAUGAAAAGCAAAAUAAUGUAAAAGUAAGGCAAGGCAAUGACUUUAUGAAACAGAGGUUUAAAGCAAGGACAAAGAUUCAACCUUCAAAAAGACUUUCAAGCAUGUUUCCCCAAGACUACUGGCAAAGUCUGGAUGAUUCAGAAACAAAACAGAUUGUGGAAGAUCUUGGUGAACAUGUGGAUACCGAUUCUAAAAAGCCAUUAGAAUGAUAUCUGAUGCUACAGAAAAAGUGUGAUAAUAACUUCCAUUUUUAGCUCAUCUGAUUUUUUGAAAAAAAAUGAUGAGUUAUUGUCAUCACUUGAGCGGUUGUCGGCGUCGGCGUCGGCGUCGGUGUCGGCGUCUGCGUCGGCGUUGCCUGGUUAAGUUUUGUUUAGGUCAGCUUUUCUCCUAAACUAUCAAAGCUAUUGCUUUGAAACUUGGAAGACUUGUUCACCAUCAUAAGCUGACCCAGUAUAGCAAGAAACAUAACUCCAUCUUGCUUUUUGCAAGAUUUAUGGCCCCUUUUGUACUUAGAAAAUAUCAGAUUUCUUGGUUAAGUUUUAUGUUUAGGUCAACUUUUCUCCUAAACUAUCAAAGCUAUUGCUUUGAAACUUGGAAUACUUGUUCACCAUCAUAAGCAGACCCUGUACAUCAAGAAACAUAACUCCAUCUUGCUUUUUGCAAGCAUUAUUGCCCCUUUUGGACUUAGAAAAUCAGUUUUCUUGGUUAAGUUUUAUGUUUAGGUCAGCUUUUAUCCUGAACUAUCAAAGCUAUUGCUUUAUAACUUGCAACAGUUGUUCACCAUCAUAAGCUGACCCUGUACAGCAAGAAACAUAACUCCAUCCUGCUUUUUGCAAGAUUUAUGGCCCCUUUUGGACUUAGAAAAUAUCAGAUUUCUUGGUUAAGUUUUAUGUUUAGGUCAACUUUUUCUCUUAAACUAUCAAAGCUAUUGCUUUGAAACUUGCAACACUUGUUCACCAUCAUAAGCUGACCCUGUACAGCAAGCAACAUAACUCCAUCCUGCUUUUUGCAAUAAUUAUUGCCCCUUUUGGACUUAGAAAAUCAUUUUCUUGGUUGAGUAUUAUGUUUAAGGCAACUUUUCUCAUAAGCUAUCAAAGCUAUUGCUUUAAAACUUGCAACAGUUUUUCACAAUCAUAAGUGGACACUGUACAUCAAGAAACAUAACUCUAUCCUGCUUUUUGCAAGAAUGAUGGCCCUUUUUAGACUUAGAAAAUCAUGGGUAGGACAAUAUUUCUAUUAUACAAAAAAAAUCAGAUGAGCGUCAGCACCCGCAAGGCGGUGCUCUUGUUAGACUAUUCAGUGAAUGUCAUGCAAAAAUGGUAGUGCUAACAUUUCUUUUGCCUGUUUGUUUUGAUAUGAAACACUAGUCUUCAUUUUUAAACUUGUUAUAUUGAAACACUGGUUUUGACAGAAAAAUGAUAUUCCUGUUUGAUAAAGAAAGCAGAAGCUGUAAACAUG